AUGCUCAGAGCAACAAGUCGAGACUUCGUUGAUCUGAUUGAGUGGGCGUGUCAUCAAGUGGGCUUGGCCUACAAUGGAAAGCUCAAUCCUCGUCAGCCGGCUCUGAGGAUAGCCUUCUUCCCUCUCCUCUGCUUCCUCGGGUGCCUCCCUGUCACAUUCUCCUACUUUGUCGCCACCUCCAUCUCGUCAGUGGCCAGCCUCACCUCUGCCUACCUCAUGUACAUGCAGUUUCGGAUCCCACGACCAGAUCUGCCUCCCUGCAUCGCCGAGUAUUUUAUCCACAUCUUCCUCUUCCUCGUGCUGACCAUUCGCUGGGCCCCACUCUGGAAAAACCAGCAGUACAGACCGUGCACUGUUUCUUCCAAUAAACCUCCAAGAAACGCCACGAGAAGAAAAGUCGCAGAAUCGGUAGAGCGAGACACGGAGAGAAGGAGAGAGAGAAUCAGAGUGGAAAGACUCUAGUGGAAAGGAACAACAGGUUGUGCAGGGAAUGUUCCAGGAAAGAAGAAAUCUAGUACACGCAAAGGCGAAGUAGUAGUUCUCUAUUAUAGCUGAUCAUCGCGAACACAAUCUGAAAUUUUAUGCUCGAUUAAUGUUUCAGCAUAUCACUUUUCGUUUUCAUGCUCAUUCCGUUUUCACACUGACGAUGACUGAAGUUUACGUAA